AUGGCCUUCACGCAGCACAAUGGCUCGCAUCUGCAAGCAGUGGUUGAUAUGGGAAGCAACGGCAUUCGGUUCUCAGUCUCCAGUCUACGGCCACCUACAGCGCGCAUAAUGCCAACACUAUACCAAACCCGCGCUGGAAUAUCGUUGUACGAUGCUCAAUACUUGGCAUCAGGAGAAAGGCAACCCAUCGAUGAGCCGACCACCGAAGCAGUUGUUCUUGCUUUUCGUCAGUUCCAGAGGACCUGCGCUGACUUCGGUGUGCCGGAGGAGAACAUCACAAUCCUCGCCACUGAGGCCACCAGGACGGCAAGCAACUCCGAAGCCUUCCGGCAGCGAAUCAAGGAUGCGGUGGGCUGGGAAGUAAAACUCAUGACCAAGGAAGAGGAAGGCGAAGUUGGCGCAUUGGGGAUUGCGAGUUCCUUACCGGAAAUCAAUGGGCUCGUCAUGGAUCUUGGGGGUGGCAGUACACAGCUCAGUUGGCUGGCAUCUGGUGGUUCGGGUACGCAGGUGCGAAUGCCCAAGAACGGAGCAGUGAGCAUGCCCUACGGCGCUGCUGCAAUGUCGCGACGGCUUGCAGAGGCGGAGAAAAGUGGCACUGUGGAGGACUUACGAAGUGAAGUUAAGAAAGCUGUCAUGAACGCCUACGACCACCUCGACAUCCCGGAGGACUUGAUGCAAUUCUCGGAGGACUCAGGCGGAUUUACUCUCUAUCUGUCCGGCGGUGGCUUCCGCGGAUGGGGCUAUGUUCUCAUGAGUAUGCAGCGCGUUCGUCCAUAUCCCAUACCUGUCAUCAAUGGCUUCAAGGCUUCACGGUCUCAGUUCCUGGGGACCGAUGAGGUUAAGCAAGCAGCCGCCUCGACACUACAGGACGACGACAAUGACAUUUUUCGAAUCUCCGACCGGAGAGCUAGCCAGGUCCCCGCUGUAGCUUUCCUCAUCAAUGCACUGGCGGAGGCUCUACCAGAGAUCUCAGAGGUCAGGUUCUGCCAAGGUGGUGUAAGGGAGGGUUAUCUGUUCAGAAGCCUGCCGCGAGAGAUACAGGCCGAGCACCCCUUGGUAGUGGCGACAGGUGCCUACAGCCCAGCUCCAUCAGGUCCUUUGCUGCAGCUAUUGCAGGCUGCUCUCCCGCCUGGCACAACCGCGAACGCCCAGGACGACUACAAGAGUGUUUUCACCCUAGAGCUCCUUGAGAGCUUCGCAAACCUGAUGUACUACCACUCAACCCACUCGAAAGACCUCCAAGCCAGUGCAGCCCUGCGGUCUACUACAUCCGGCAUUCUGGCCAGUGUACAUGGCAUACUGCACGAGUCACGAACACGUCUGGCCCUUCUCCUCUGCGCAAGAUGGGGUAGCGACGUGCCACCGACUGAUCAAGCAUUUAAAGCGCAGCUCGAAAAACUUGUGGAGUCACCCUGGACGCUGUGGUGGAUACAGUAUCUCGGCGCUGUUGCCGCUCUGAUCGCAGCAGUGUACCCGGCGGGAAUGGGAGCUGGUGUCCAACAGGACAGAUUGGGCUUGCAGGCGAAUUGGGACACGAGUGGGAAGGGUCGGCGUCUUCUCGUCGUGACGGUAUCAGUUGGAGACGAUGUUGACGGGAAGUCGUUGGAGAAGGAAGUCAAGGCCAUCGAGAAGGCCGGGAAGAAGAAGAACUUCAUAGGCGGAAAAGACGGGAUUGGCCACAAGGUUGAAGUCGAGGUCAAGAAGUUAGAAGGAUGA